AUGAGUCACUUCAACCCAGGACUCAUUUCAGCCUACAACAGCCUCACAGACAAACAUCUCGCUGGAUACUUCAGCAACACUCGGAUCAGGAGACACUUGCAGAGAGCAGGACUGAUCACCAGGAGUGGGCGUAUUGUUCCAGACAAGGAGUACAGACACAAGCUGAUCCAGAGAUCCCACCAGAGACACGUUCGAGAAUGCCUGGCCCAGGCCAUUUUCCACAAGGUGCUGGAGAUGGAGCGUCUCCAUCAAAUAGAGAUCAAAAGAAAACUGGAGGAGUUUGCAAGGAGGGAAAGAGUGCAUAAGAUCAAGGUAGAGCGUUCUAAAAGGUAUGAAGAAGAAAUUAUCCACAUCCUGUCUCCACGCCCACCCACAGGUGCGAGGGGUGUCCGAAAACAGCACUCUGGGCCAGAGGGGGAGCACUCUGAGUCCUCUGAGUCUCCGAGCUCGUCUCGACCCAACACGGCUCCAGGGAAGAUGCAGAGACCGGUGCGUCUGAAGCCGAUCCACAGCAACAAUAACACGGCUUCUCUCAGACGCAGCUCCCCUUACAGACUCCACGAGUCCUCCAAUGAGAACGAUCAGCCAUUUAACUGCACUAUGGACAAGGAGUCCCACAGACGUUUGACCACGAUGGACACCUCCCGUGGCAUCUCGCCCUACUGCCUCCCAGUCAUCAACAACUUUGUCACCCCAGUGCCUCCAACCACGAAGAGGAAAGAGAGGGGCGUUAAGGUCACUCCCAGCGGCACUGUCAGAGGCCGCAGACUGCGCCCCACCACUGCCUCCAGUGGAGUUGAUGUCCAUGAGGAGCCGCCAAUGCUGAGGAGCUCUGUGCACCAGAGCAGAGUGUGUGUGAACAUGGUGUACUUUGGCAAAACAGUGCAUCUCUCCCACGACCUGAGCGACAUGAGGGACGAGAUCAAGGUUUUUCAGCAACACUGUGGAGGAGAAAACCUGUGUGUGUACAAGGGCAAGCUCCGAGAGGGAGAGAUGUUCGGCUUCAUUUCGAGACGACACCGAGGUUUCCCGUUCAGCUUGACCUUCUUCCUGAACGGACUGCAGGUGGAGCGGCUGAGCUCCUGCUGUGAGUUCAAACACAGGAAGGGCUCCAGACUCGGUGGCAGACACGGACACUUUGGUUUCUCCGGUGUAGAGGGGGCCUCACCCUGCUACAAGUGCAUCAUAGCAAUGGGACUGGACAAAAAGCCCACACCUCCACCGAAGAAGGUCAAAGAUGAUGGAGUAAAAGAAGAGACUGUUGCCAGCCCAAAGGAUACUGCUGAGAUGGAGACAGAGAAGACUGUGGAGGAUGCCGGCUCCCACUCCGAGUGUGAAACCAGCCAGCCACAGGACAUGGAGACUCAAGUCAAAAAAGAAACAGCACCUGAGGAAGACAAACUCCGAGACGAUUAUGAAGAGGACUUUGAAGCAGAUGAUGAAGGCCCCACUGAAGACACGGAGAUAAAGGAAAAGAAAUCCCCAUCUCCACCCAGGGAAACUGAAAAACAGGCUCAACAGAGAGACGCCUCUGAGACUGAAGACGACGAGAAGGAUGAAGACGAAAAGUCUCAUUCAGGCUCCAGCUGCUCAGGCAGCGACAGGGAGGAGAGUGAUACUGAGGCCCCCAAAGACUCCAUAGAGAAUGAGAUAGUAGAGCAAACUACAGAAGUCGAUCAUGAAGAAACUGCUGCUCCAUCAGAUGAAAAAGAUGAACUAAAUCCAGAAGAAGCCGCUGCAGAGUCUGCUGCUGCUAAGGACUCAGAUAUACAGGACAGCGCCGGGGACAGCACGGAGAUUGAAAUCUCCGAUGCCAGUGUUCCCUCAGGGACAGAAAAUAAACAGGACGACGAGACCUCAGGAGACAAAGAGGAUGAGAAAACAUCAGACAAGAGCAAACAGGAGGAGGAACAGGAGAGGGCCAAAUCUGUGCAGGAGAAGCUAGCAGAGGCCAUACUGAAGGAGUCCCAGUGCAGUUCUGAGCCAGAACUAAGUGACACGAGUACUGAGGAGGAGGAGGAGGAAGAGGCCACAGAUAAAGGCCAUAAACAAGACAACGAAGAUGCUGUUCCAGAAAAAAAUGUUGUUGUUGAAGCUGAAGUGGUACUUGUUCAAGAAGAGACGUCUGAACCAAAAGAACAGAAGGAUGAAAGUGAACAGGAGGCCCACGAGAGUAAUGAGAGCUCCCAAGAUGAGUUGGUCAAAAAGGAUGAGGAUGUUGAAAAGGUUGCAUCAGAAGGAGACAAAGAUGAAGCUGCAGUAGAGAAGGAUGAAUCAGGAGUCAUGGAGAAUGCAGAUGCAUCCCUGCAACCUGUAUCUGAAGAGAAAAUGGCAGAAGAUGACAAGACCUCAGAAUCUCAAGAAGAUGCAGCAGCUAAAUCCACAGAGGCUGCAGAUAAAGAUGAAGAAAACGAGCAAAAGACUGCAGAGGAGGCUGAGACAAGGCCCGACGAGACAGGGAAUGGGGCAAAAAGCAGUGGAGAGGAUGAGUCAUCAGUAUCAGACCUGAAUAAAAAGACUGAUGAGACAGAAGUGCCAGAUAAUGCAGAGGCGGAGGCGAUGACAGCGAACAAGACAAUGGAGAUGAAAGCAGAGCCCUCGGAGGAGCGAGAGGCCCUCAGCUGUGAAGAGGCACCUGUAACCAACACAGAGACGCACCAAGAAGACAGUGAGGACAGAACCGCAGGAUCAGAAACAGAAGUCACGGCAGAUAAUUCAAGUAGCUCGUCGGAGGGGAGCGGAGACACCACAGUUCAUGCUGAAAAGGCAGCAGAAACAAGUGAGGACAAUGCAAAGGAUGAGAGCAAUAAAGAUGAGGUUAAAGAGGAAGAGGCAGAGGAGGCUGAUGAGGAUGACAGUAAAAAGCAGGUUUGUGAUGCAGGAGAAGAAACAGAAAAGUCAGUGGAAAUAAACGAUAAGGUAGAGGAGGAGAAAUCUGAAGAGGAAAGUAAAGAAGAAGAAAAGGAAACAAAUCCAGAUGAGAUACCAGACUCAAAUGAAGAACAAGCUGAAAAAACCCUCAGUGAGGAAGAUAAAGUUGCAAAUGAGGAGAAGGCAGAUAAAUCAGAAAAGACAGAGAACAACGAGGAUAACAGCAAUCUUGUGGAUAGUGAAAGUGUUAAGAGAGAAGACGGUGGGGGAGAAUCUGAAGGAAAGGCAGUGGCAGCUGAUAAAACUAACAAAGGUGAAGAAAUAAAUGAAACAAACGCAGAUGCUGAUGAAGAAAAGGGUGAUGGGGCAGAGGAGAAGGAGAAAGAUGAGAAUGACAAUGAAGCUGAGGAAAGUGAAGUAGUGAAUAAAGAUGAGGAAGAGAAAAAAAUAACUGACAAGUCCGCAGUGGCAGAGGAAAUAUCUGAGAUUACAGAAGAACCUGAGAAAAGUUUACAUGAAGACUUGGAAAAAGAUAAUGUGAAAAUAUCUGAUGAAAAUAUUGUCAAGUCAGAGGAUGUUGGCGAAGGCGAAGCAGCAAAUGCUAAUGGGACUAAAACAACUGAAGAGACGCUAAACAACGUGACAGAGGCUGAAAAUGUUGAGGAAGAAGCUUUAAAAGAAAGUGAGAAUGGUGAAAGGAGAGAAGUCGAUGCUGAAAAUGGGGAGAAGUCUACUGGAGCAGAGAGCAAAAUAAAUGAGGAUGGGACAGAGACACUGACUGAGGAGAAAAAUGAUGUUAAUGCACCAGAGCAAGUUGAAGAAGAUAGAAAAACAGAGGAGCUGGUGGAAAGUGAGAACAAAGACGAAGAGAAAGUAACUGUGGAGUCUGGAGACGGUGCUGGAAAACAUGAAGACAACACGGUGGAUCAGGCUCCUGCUGCUGAUACGGUAGAAAGUGAGGCUGACGAAGGGGAGGCCAGUGCAGGAAACCAAUCUGAAUCCAAUAAAAAAGACUCUGAGCCAGAGAUAUCUGGUACGGAGAUAAAAGAGGAAACUAAAUCUGAUAAUCUAAGUACAGACAGAAAAAACAGUAAGACAGAGGAGAUGAAAGAAGACCCUGAUGAUAAAGACAGCGAUACAAAGAAAGAUAACAACCAGAACCAAGUCAGUGAGGUGAUAGUUGCUUCUUCAGAGGAUCAAGCACAAUCUUCAACACCCAUCGAUUCACACGGUACAGAUCACAAAGAGAAUGAGCAGUCUGACUUGAACACUGACAAACACACAGAUGAAAAUGCUGCAGCCGAUGGAGAAAAUGGCAGAGCAGACACAGAGGAGGCGAGCAAGGCCUCAGAGGAAGGAGCAAGUGUGCUACUCAAACCUGAAGCACAGUCGACAGAGGUUGCACACAACGAUGCCGAAGAGAGCACUGCAAUAGGUACAGAAACUCCGGAGGCCUUGGCAAAAGAAGACAACACAGAUCUGGUCACGAACUGGGUGACUAUGCAUCAAACGUCCAAGUAUUUUGAGACGUUCGUUGAACCUUUAGAAGACUUGGGGGAUUCAGCGGCUCAAACAACCAACUCCAACACUGAAGAAACACAAUCUACAGAGCUGACGAGAUCAGUGAGUCCACUGAAGACAGUGAGGACAUCUAAUGGAAAAGCUGCCGAUGGUGUUGAAAAUGGAGAAGAAGGGCACGUGCAAAAAGAUGUAUCUGAGGCGGGGGGGGAAAAUGAAGUGGAAGUUGUACAGUUGGACCUCCAGAACAAUGAGUCUGAAAACAAUGAACCACUUGACAAGGAGCCUGGCAAAGAUACAUUGCAAGUGGAGGAGACUGAAGUGAAAAACUUAACACCCAACACAGAGACUGAACCGAAUGAUCAAGAUUCAGGAACUGAGCUCACGAGGGAAGACAUGAGGUCAGAAGAGCAUAAAGGAAGCAGGGGAUCCCUUGUAGAAGACAAGAUUCAAGAGGGACCAGCAGAGGGGAACAUUGAGGAAACUGAUAUUUCCAAAACUGAAGUGGAAAGCAUUGCGGGUACUAAUCAUUCAGGAAUCAGCGGCAAUCUUGAAAGUGUCACAGAGGCCCAAACUGAGGAGAAAAUGACUGAGAAUCAGCCAGACUUACAUGAGAAACAAACUGAAGAGAAGAAAGAUAGUCUGUCUUUGCCUAAAACUGAGGAGCAUCCACAGCGUUCAGAGAUUCCAGAAUUGGUUUCCACUGACACGAAAGCAGAUGCACAGAAAUCUUCAGAAGAAACACAGGAGAAAACAGAUGAAGACAGUAGAGAAGUUACAGAAAUAACUGAUUUUACAACAGCCAAGUCAGAUGAUGAAAGCCAAGAGGAGAUUCAACCCAAACCAUCUGACGGCAGCAUCAACGGAGACAGAAGAGACACACAACUGAUCCAAGACAUCAAACACUCUCUCAGUAAAGACGGGCUGAGCAUGUUCUCCGUCGAUGAAACACUGUUUGGUCGCAGUUCAUAUCCUUUGCUGACGACAGCGAGAACUGAGAGUGGACUUUAG